AUAUAUGAUUAUGCGGCCCAAAUCAGGUAAGCCAAUCACUUGUUGCCAAUUGCCAAAAGCGUAGAGCAGCGCCGGUCAAAAAGGACGUCGAGAAAGAGUUUUCGAGUUAAAGCUGGCGCUACGUAACUGAAUAGAUCAGGCAAUCGUCACAUUUUCAAGACUCUUCAAACAGAAACAGAUCCCGCCCUAUAAGAUUCCAGACGACCACAAAGAAAAUGGCGAAAGCAAUUAGAUUCUUUGAGUUGAACACAGGAGCCAAGAUACCUUUUGUUGGGCUUGGCACUUGGCAGGCUGAACCUGGUGUUGUUGGUCAGGCUGUUAGUACUGCCAUUAAGCAGGCUGGAUAUAGACACAUUGAUUGUGCUUCAGUUUAUGGCAACGAGAAGGAGAUUGGCAGCUCGUUGAAGAAACUGUUUGCUGAUGGGGUAGUGAAACGUGAGGAUUUGUGGGUCACCUCCAAACUUUGGUGCACUGAUCAUGCUCCGGAAGAUGUCCCCCAGGCAUUGGACAGAACUUUGCGGGAAUUGCAACUUGAUUAUGUAGACUUAUAUCUGAUCCACUGGCCGGUCAGCAUGAAGAAGGCUUCAGUUGGAUUUAAGGCUGAGAAUCUGACACGCCCUGACAUUCCCAGCACAUGGAGGGCAAUGGAAGCACUGUAUGAUUCUGGCAAGGCUAGAGCUAUUGGAGUUAGUAAUUUCAGUGCAAAGAAGCUAGAAGAUCUGCUAGCAGUUGCUCGUGUUCCUCCUGCUGUUGACCAAGUGGAGUGUCACCCUGUAUGGCAGCAGCAAAAGCUUCAUGAAUUUUGUAAAUCCAAGGGAAUUCACUUAUCUGGUUAUUCGCCACUAGGUUCCCCAGGAACAGGAAGUAUAAAGACUCAGGUUCUCAAGAAUCCAAUUCUUAAUAUGGCUGCUGAGAAAUUAGGCAAGUCUCCUGCACAAGUGGCUCUCCGAUGGGGACUGCAAAUGGGUCACAGUGUACUUCCUAAGAGCACAAAUGAAACAAGGAUCAAGGAGAACUUUGAUGUUUUUGACUGGUCUAUACCCGAAGACUCGUUUGCCAAGUUAUCUGAAAUUGAGCAGGUGAGGCUAAUCAGGGGCACUGCUUUUGUUCAUGAGACUUAUGGCUUCUACAAGACAGUGGAAGAACUUUGGGAUGGUGAGCUGUGAGGGCAUAUACUAUCGAAUUUCAAUUAUUAGUCCUGCUUCCAAUGUGCUACUGCAGUAAAUAAGACUGAUAGAUAUAAGCACAGGAAUUUAGGAUAUAAACCAUUAGUUGAGAUUUACCAAAUGCUUAUUUUGAAAUGUGCACACUGAUGUAUGACAAGUUUUUGUCUGCAAUUGCUGCGAGUUACAGUGAACAAUGAGAAAUGAGAAAAAACCCCUUUUAAAAAUGGGAUGAUCUAUAUAUCUAAAUAAGCUGCAAUUGGUUUAUGGUACUCAGACUGGUUGUACAAACCAUAAGCUAAUUGUUGGCGCUGAGUUUUGAGAAAGGUUGUAUUGUAUGUGUCUUAAGGCUAAGAAUCAAUGAAUCUGAUUUAUUCACUAA